AUGAGAAACCUGAAGUUGUCGUCGGAGGUUUGCUCCAAGGUGCAGUUGCAGAGAGAGAAUGGAGACGAACGUAUUCGAUUGGCCGCCAUGGACAUGGAGCGCGACCGCCUCUUCUUUUCUUCCUCCUCCAACUUCAUAUACGUCGCCCAACUUCCAUCACCUCAAAUUGAUGGAGCUUUGAGUAAGAGCUCAUCUCCUGCUCAGGUGAUUGAUUUGGAAAUUGGAGACUUUAUUACUUGUUUGCAUUAUCUCAUGGAAAAGGAAGCCUUAAUCAUUGGAACUUCAAGCGGGCUUCUUUUACUUCAUUCCGUGGAUGAUAAUGCAUCAGAAGUUGUUGGUCGGGUGGAAGGUGGUAUCAAGUGCAUUUCACCAAGUCCUGAUGGAGAUCUGUUUGCUAUGGUUACUGGUUUUGGACAGAUUCUAGUAAUGAAUCUUGAUUGGGAUCUGUUGUACGAGAUACCGCUUGAGGACUUACCUGAAGAUGUUGACGUACAAGAAUCUAUCUUUUGUUCCGAUGAUUCCCCUGUGGUUGCGUGGAGAGGCGAUGGAAAGUUUUUUGCAUCUUUAAGCAAAGCGCAUGACUCAUCUCCCUUGAAUAAGAAGCUUAAAGUUUGGGAACGUGAUUCAGGGCUCCUCCACUCUGUCUCUGGACCAAAGCCCUUCUUGGGGCCAGUGGUGGACUGGACCCAAAGUGGUGCUAAAAUCGCUGUGGUGUAUGAUCGGAAGGAAGAAAACAAGUGCCCAUCUGUAGUAUUAUUUGAGAAGAAUGGUCUGGAGAGAAGCUCAUUCAGUAUCAAUGAGGGAAUAGAUGUGACCGUAGAGUGUCUCAAGUUCAACUGUAACUCGGAUCUCCUUGCUGCUAUCAUCAGGGGCAAGACAUCUGACGCUCUCAAGAUAUGGUACUUUAGUAAUAACCACUGGUAUCUAAAGCAAGAGAUCAGAUAUUCAAAGGAGGAUGGUGUGAACUUUAUGUGGGAUCCGACAAAACCAUUGCAAUUGGUUUGUUGGACUCUCAAUGGCCGUGUUGUAACUUACAAGUUUGUCUGGGUUACUGCUGUAAUGGAUAACUCAACAGCGUUUGUAGUUGAUGGCUCUAAAGUGCGUGUAACCCCAUUUUCCUUGUCCUUCAUUCCUCCUCCAAUGUUCUUUCUAUGCUUAGAAUUUCCUAGCGUAGUUCAGGAUGUGACUUUCUCUUCCAAAUUUUCCAAAAAUCAUCUGGCUGCGUCUCUAUCAGAUGGAAGCUUGUGUAUUGUGGAGCUUCCUCUUCUUGAUCAAUGGGAAGAACUUGAAGGGCAGGUGUUAAAGAUUGAUGCAAUAUAUUCUGGUACAAACUAUGGCCCUUUGUUGCAUCUUGCUUGGUUGGAUUCACAUGUGCUAGUUGGUCUUUCUUGUUCUGGAUUUAGUCAUGGUAAUGGCAGUAAGAGAAUCUCUCCUGAUGGGGAUACUCGUCCAGGCUAUUACCUGCAGGAAAUCGAGAUAAGGGGCCCAGUAGAUCGCAUUCCUGGUUUAGUGACAUCUUCAGGAUGGCAUGCAGAAAUUCGUCACGAGGUUUAUCUUGAGGGUGUUGGAAUUACUACAGUGCCUAACCCGCUUACUGGACACUCGGUGUUCAUUGAAUUUUCUGGUGGAAAAGUGUUCGAGUACUUGUCGACGUCAGGUUUGGGCCGAGGACCACGUCUGCAGAGAUGUGAUGGCUUGGGUUUCUUGUCAUCCUGUCCGUGGAUUGAUAUUGGCCCGGUCACAGGCCAGAAGCCAUUGCUUUUCGGACUUGAUGAGAGUGGAAAAUUGCACCUUGAUGGAAAAAUACUUUGCAACAAUUGCAGCAGUUUUGCAUUUUACUCGAAUUCUACUGAUGGGGUGGUGACGCAUUUGGUUGUUGCAACUAAACAGGAUUUAUUGUUUAUUGUCGAUGUUGAUGAUAUUUUGCUGGGGAAACUUGAACAUAAGUAUGAGAACUUCCUUCCCAUUGUGGCAAAGAACAGAAAGAGCGAAGAUGAGAGCAUUUUUAUCAACAUAUGGGAAAAGGGGUCGUACAUUGUCAGUGUUCUCCAUGGAGACGAGUCUGCUGUCAUACUACAAACCCCUCGAGGGAAUCUUGAAUGUGUGUAUCCAAGGAAAUUAGUUCUCACUUCUAUUUUUAACGCUUUGUCUCAAGGGCGCUUUACAGAUGCCUUGCUUAUGGUGAGGCGGCAUCGGAUUGACUUUAAUGUGAUCGUUGACCAUUGCGGUUGGCAAGCUUUUGUCGACUCGGCUGCAGAUUUUGUUAGACAGGUUAACAAUUUGAGCUACAUAUCUGAGUUUGUUUGCGCCGUAAAAAAUGAAGACGUUAUGGAGACACUGUAUAAAAAUUAUACGUCUUUACCUCGCAUUAAGGCUGACAACACUGUAAAACACACUGAACGGGCAAGUGAUGGGGAUAAUAAGGUAAAUUCUGUCCUGACCGCAAUUCGGAAGGCUCUCGAGGAGCAAAUCAAGGAAACACCGGCUCGGGAGCUUUGCAUUCUUACCACUUUGGCUAAAAGUAGUCCUCCGCUUCUCGAGGAUGCCUUGAGGCGAAUAAAAUUAAUUCGAGAAAUGGAGCUCUCCACAGCUGUGGAUGAACGCCGAGCGUCUUAUCCUUCGUCCGAGGAAUCAUUGAAGCACCUGUUGUGGCUAUCUGAUCCCGAGGCAGUUUUCGAGGCCGCUUUGGGCCUUUAUGAUCUGAAUCUCGCUGCCAUUGUUGCACUAAAUUCACAAAGGGAUCCAAAAGAGUUUCUCCCACUUCUUCAAGAGUUGGAACAUAUGCCCCCACUUUUGAUGCGGUACAACAUUGAUCUUAAGUUACAGAGGCACGAAAGUGCUCUGAGGCAUAUAGUUUCUGCCGGGGAUUCAUAUUAUGAAUAUUGCACAGGCCUGAUGAAGAAAGUUCCAGACCUCUACCCAUUGGGGCUCGAGUUGAUCGGGGAUCCUCAUAAAAAACGGAAAAUUCUCGAAUCUUGGGGGGAUCAUCUGAACUCCACAAAAUGCUUCGAGGAUGCUGCUGCCACUUAUCUGUCCUGCUCCUGUCUGGAAAAAGCACUAAGGGCUUAUCGUGCAUGUGGUGACUGGAAAGGGGUACUGACAGUUGCCGGUCUAAUUAAGAUUGAAAAAGAAGGUCUUUUGCAGCUUGCACGUGAGCUUUGUGAGGAACUUCAGGCACUUGGGAAACCCGCGGAUGCCGCAAAAAUAAUAUUGGAUUACUGUGGUGAUGUGUACAGCGGAAUUAGUCUAUUGGUCGAUGCAAGGAGUUGGGAAGAGGCUCUUAGGGUUGCUUUUUUGCACAAUAGAGAUGAUUUGGUUUUAUUUGUGAAGAAUGCCUCUGUAGAGUGUGCAGGUGUCCUUGUUGGGGAGUACAAUGAGGGGAUUGAGAAAGUCGGCAAGUACUUGACUCGGUAUCUUGCAGUUCGGCAGAGAAGAUUGUUACUUGCUGCCACGGUUAAGUCGGAUGAUCUUUAUCUUGAUGAUGAGACUGCUUCACAAGCUAGCAGUGAUUUUAGUGGGAUGAGUGCAUACACCACUGGAACAAGAAGAGGCUCAAGUGCUUCUUCUACUCUAACCACGACUACAAAGGGCAGGGGCCGCCAACGAAACAGAGGGAAAAUCAGAGCUGGAAGCCCCAAUGAGGAAAUGGCUCUAGUAGAGCACUUGAAGGGAAUGUCACUAUCCGAAAGCGCAAAAGUCGAAAUCAAAUCUCUGUUGAUUUCACUGUUGAUGCUUGGCGAGGGGGACACUGCAAGGAAAUUGCAACGAGCAUGUGAAAAGUUCCAAAUGUCUCAAAUGGCGGCCGUGAAAUUAACAGAUGCUGCUGUGUCCACGAACAACAUCGACGAACACGCCUUUACUCUGGACCGUUAUGUUGAGAUUGUAAGAAAAGAAGAGCAGAAUUCAGAUGCAUUUUCGUGGCGGUUGAAAGUGUUGGAAUGA